AUGACUCCUCUGGUGUUUGCUGGCUGUGUGACAUGUCUGCUGCUGUGUACAGUGGCUUUUUCUUGGGCUCAGAAACCGUCUGCAUCUUUACAUUUUGAAACAGUUGUUGUUGGAGAGGAAGUGACUUUAAAAUGUUUAUGUCAAGGCACUCUGGCAGAUUUCUUCUUCUGGUAUAAACAACCUUUGGGACAAAAACCACAACUCAUGUCUAAGUUUUUUACGCAUAAGAACAAUGGGUAUUUUGAGGAUGCAUUCAAGAACGAUCCACGGUUUGAACUGGAGACAGACAAAAACAGAAGCCAAUUGAAAAUCUCAAAUGUGGAAAUGUCAGACUCUGCUACUUACUACUGCAUCAGCUCUCUUUCUUACAGGUUCACAUUUUUGGAAGGUUUUAGUGUCCUUGUGAAGAACUCUUCUUCUUACAUCCAGACUUCUGUGGAUCUAUCGUCCUCUGAGAACAUCCAUCCAGGAGACUCUGUGACUCUGAACUGUACAGUACACACUGGGAGCUGUGAUGGAGAACACAGAGUUUACUGGUUCAAAGACUCUGAAGACUCUCAUCCAGGACUCAUUUACACUCAUGGAGGCAGGAAUGAUCAGUGUGAGGGAAAGAAAAACACACAAACACACAGCUGUGUCUAUGAGCUCCACAUGAAGAACAUAACUGAGUCUGAUUCUGGGAUCUACUACUGUGCUGUUGCCUCAUGUGGACACAUUCUGUUUGGAAACGGAAUCAAACUGGACCUCACAGGUCAGCCAAACUCUUUGUUAGUUUAUUACUUAACUGGAUCUUUGACCAUCAUGAGCGUCCUUGCUUUUUUUCUGGUUUUCAAGAUUAAGAAACAAAUGUGCUGCCAGUCUAAAGAUGGAAGCUCAGCAGCCUCCUGUACCUCACACACGGAGAACAAGAACAAAGACUCAGAAAACCUCCAUUACGCUGCUGUUAAUGUCAAGAGGUCCAACAGAUCCAGAAGACAGAAGAACGACUUGAACACAGAUUGUGUUUAUACGACUGUGAGACAACAGAACUGA